AUGAGUGGAGGAGGAGGAGGAGGUGAUGGGAGAUCCGUGCGAAAAGUUUGUGAUAACGAUACGGUUGGUAGUGAUUCAUCAAUUGCACUGUUACGUCGAUCAGUUGAUUCGAUCAUCAUCGACUGUGCCAUAGUCUCAUUUACUGAAACGAAACUUCUUGAUGUGAUCGCUAAGGCGAUUGAAGAUGAUAAUUUUAUCGCAACGGAGGACUCAUGA